AUGGUGCCUCCCUUGCAUCGCUCGCCCCUCUGCUCACGCUCUGCAAGCCCCUUUUCCUUUCCCUCAGCCCAGCCCCUGCUCGUUGCUGCCGCUUCCCUUGCCCCCUCAACUCCCCUGCCCCCCGUACACCCCACCCUCCCCCGGCUGCUAGUUUCUGCUCUCCACCCCCGCGACCGUGUGCGGCUUCCAACCGCCCAACGGUGUCCACAUCCCCCCUCUCAAUUCCACCUCACUGCACCAUACCCCUGCCUUUUGCGCACCACCAUUCCCGCCCCUUUCCCCCACUUCCCCGCCACGCCCCCCAACAGGCAGGCUUUUCUCCGUCCAGCCCCUUCUCUCCCUGCCCCCAGGUCCUUCGUGCACUGUCCUUUGUCAUCCCUGUCCCACUCCGUACCACCUCCCCCUCGCCCAGCUUCUCCCUAUCUCCACCCACAUGUUCCCCCACUUCCCUGCCCACAACCUUGGGCUGCACCUCUGCAUCCCGUCCUGCCAGGCCCUUCGGUGACCCACCUGCCGCCACCUGGCAGCACACCGCCCUUCCCACCCACAGCCAAGCUCUACAUCCCCUGCCCCUGCUCCCUGUGCUGUCCAGCCACCUACCCCAGCCUCCCUCUACCUUUCCCUGGCACCACACCGCCCAUCCUACCCCCAGCCAAGGUCUACACCCCUAGUCUCUGCUCCCUGUGCUGUGCUGUCCAGCCCCCUUUUCCAACCUCCCUCUGCACCAGACCACCUUUCUUUCCCCCAGCCAACCUCUACACCCCCUGUUACUGUCCUUUGUGCCUUCCAACCCCCCCCAGUCUCCCCCUUCUCGAGUACCCUCCAUAUUUCCUCCCCCCGUGGGGCUUGCCUCUCUGCUACUAUCGCUCUUUGCAGGGGAGGUGGGGGAGCGGGGGUGAUGUAGCGAGAGGUGAGCAGGGUGUGGGGAAGGGUGGUGGGACCGAAGUUGGGAGGGCGGGACAGAAUUCAACGGGAGGUUGGGAUGGGCAGGGGCAGCAGAGGCUGCAGAGGAAAGGGCAGCAGAGGCGGCACGGGAAGGGGCAGCAGAGGCUGCACGGGAAGGGGCAGCCGAGGCUGCAUGGGAAGGGGCAGCCGAGGCUGCACGGGAAGGGGCAGCCGAGGCUGCAUGGGAAGGGGCAGCCAAGGUCGCAAAGGAAGGGACAGCAAAGGCCACACAGGAAGGAGCAGCGGAGGCUGCAAUUGAAGGACAAGCAGAGGCUGGAGGGGAAGGGGCAGCAAAGGCGGCAAAGGAAGGGCCAGCAGCCGACAUGGAAAGGGGCAGCGGAGGCUGCAGAGGAAAAACAAGCAGAGGUUGCAGGGGUAGGGGCAGCAGAGGCUGCAGAGGAAGAGCCAGCAAAGGCUAUAUGGGAAGGGGCAGCAGAGGCUGCAGAGGAAGGGGCAGUAGGUGCUGCAAGGGAUGGGGCAGCAAAGGCUGCCGAAGACAGCAAAGGAGUCACUGCAGGUAACGGGGCAGCGAAGGUCGUCGUGGGUGCGGCAGAGGCCGCACCAGGGGCAGCAGAGGCAGCGUUUGGGAUGGCAGUAGCAAGUUGUAGGGCAGCGAAGCCUACAGCGCGAGUCUCUACCCCAGGGAGGGUUUCUACGGUAAGAAAGGCUUCAGAGGUGAGGGCAGCAGAGGGGAGUGUAGCAGGAGGAAGUGCAAUGGGAGGUACAGCAAGGGAAGGGGAUGCAGGGGCUGCAGAGCAUGGGGGUGAAUCAAAGGUGGGUGCAAGAGAAAGUGCAGCCCCGGCAGCAGCAGGAGAGAGCGCAUCAGGGGCUGCAACGAGGGAGGGGACACUUGAGGCUGCUUCGGCAGCGGUGGGGAAAAUAGCUAGGGCAGAAGACGCCUCCAUGGAAGUGAAAAGUGCUGCAGGAGGUGCUGGCAGUGACGAGCCAGCAGGGAAAGCAGGCGCAGGGGAGAGGGGGGCAGCAAGAACAAGGGAGGUAGAAUUCUCAAGGGGGGCCGGUGAUACAGAACAGGAGGCACACGAGAAUUUGAUGCACAUUGACGGCCCGCUGGUCGUCUACCUCACACUUGCCUCUGAGGCAAACCCAACCCCCCCGCAGCCUCAUGGCGAGAACCUCCCUCCCCCCCCAUACCCAAUCCCUCCCUGGCAGGUGGACCGAUGGAGGGGCU